AUGCCGAAUUCUGAGGAAGCGACCUCAACUACAGCAGCAUUAAUAGAAUUGAACAGACCCAAAAUCCCGAAAUUUAAUAUUUCUUUUCCAUAUGCGGCACAGCCUGAUAUCAUUCGAGCUAAUCAAAAGGAUGUUUAUUAUCAACGCGUUUUGGAAGAACAAGUAACCAAUGUAUUUCGAACGUUUUUUGGGACGAGAAUACAACAUCAGUAUCAAAAAGAAGUUAACGUGAUUUCCGAUCUAUUUUAUUUUGGUUUAACAACUUUAUUAGGUACUCAAACCUUAGGCGAAGAAUACUGCGAUAUUAUGCAAACCUCAGAAUCAAGCAAACAAUUUCCUUCUACAAGCAAACGAGCCACACUGAUCUUUUGGCACGUGAUCCUUCCUUAUUUAUACACGAGAGGUAUAUCCGAAUUGCGUAAACGUACAAAACCUUCACGGAAAAAAUUAUUACAGAAAGGCAAACAACUUGAAGAUAAUAGCAGUAAUGAUAGCAACACGAAAUAUUUUGAUUUGAUAUAUAAAUUACUUCCUAAAUUACAGACAUUCCUUAAAAAUCAUGUUCAUGCAAUUCAUCUCGCUAUAUUUUACUUCUAUGGUGCUUAUUAUAGUUUAUCGAAACGAGUCACUGGAAUUCGUUAUAUAUUUACAAGACAAUUGGGACCUCAUGAACAACGUCUCGGUUAUGAGAUACUUGGAUUUUUACUUGUAGUACAGUUUAUCAUCCAAGCAAACCUUUACCGAAGGACUUUGGAUGAUGGUGUAUCCAAUAAAGAUGAUGAUGAUAAUUCUGAGGAUGAAGCAGAUUUGUCGUUCACGUCGACAUUAGGAUUAACGCCUCAAGAAAUUGCAGCUCGUAAAUGUACCCUUUGUCUUUCACCACGCAAGAACACUACGGCUACUCCUUGUGGUCAUUUGUUUUGUUGGACUUGUAUUAUUGAAUGGUGUAACAACAAGACAAUAUGUUAA